AUGGAUGAGCUAAGUGUGAAUGCUGAAAAAAAUAUUAAAGCCGGGUUUAGAAAAUGUAGGAUUGUCCCAUUAGAUGCUAACCAAGUUCUAACAAGGCUUCCUCUGCAAGAAGAGGACGAAGCAGUAAAGAAAAAAGCUAUGAAUGAUAGUGUUUUAACAUUCUUAAAAGAAAUGCGCUAUGGACCCAUGAAUAUUAGAGAACCCCAAAAGAAGAGAAAAUUGGAGGUAGUGGCAGGAAGAAGUGUAAAUGCUGAGGAAUUAGAAAGGAAUGAAGAUCAGGAACCUUUGAAACCAAAAAAGAAAAGACCACUAAAGCAAACAAAUAAAUCAACUCCUAAAGUGAAGGGUAUGGGCAAAAAAACAAAAUCGAAAAUUUGCAACUUACAGAUAGACAACGGCAAAGAGAUAAAUGACGAUAAUAUAUUUGAGGUACCGGUUUGA